CGCGCGGCCCCUGGCGCGCCCUGCUGUGAGGCCGGGGCCGGCCGGAUCGCGCAGCAAAUUGCUGGUACCCCUUCCUUUUUUUCCUUCGCCCUUUUGUCUCUUUUAUUGGGAUUUUUUUUUUCCGGGCCUGUGCCCCACUUGUCACGGACUCAGAUCUGACUCCAUGACACCCUUUCACUGUGACACCCUUUCACGGUGCCCGUGCUCCGUCACUUCAUGGAAAUGGGACCAACAGCCUCAGCCUCCAUAAGAACAGAGCACUGGGGAAAGGACAGCAACAGUGCUUCUGACCUGCUCUGCCACAUGGAGGCUGAAAUAGACUUAAUGGAGAGGCACCCGAGGACCCUGCUCCCGUCUCACUGGGAAGCACGCAGGAGCCGGCAGGAGAGGAAGGCGGCACAAGAUAGUGGGAAGAGGAAGAAACCCCCUGUAGACUUCGCAUCCAGCGUUGGCUGCAGUGCUGAUUCUAUGGAUGGCCAGCGGGAAAGUCAGCAGUGCAAGUGAGUGCUGUGGCGAGGCCAGUGCUCUGGGCAGAAGUGGUGCCUUUCCUCUCCUGACUCCCGUAUUCAUGGCUACAAAUUCCCAAGAGAAUGGGAGAACUCGUUUGGUGAUUCAGCAUGAGCCAGCAAUAUGUGCUUGCAGCCCAGAAGGCCAACCGUAUCGCGGGUUGCAUGAAGAGAAGUGUGAGCAGCAGGUCGAGGGGGGUGGGUCUGCCCUUCUGCUCUGCUCUCAUGAGACCCCACUUGGAGUACUGUGUCCAGUUCGGGAGCCCCGAACACAAGAAGGACAUUGAGCUCCUGGAGUGGGUCCAGAGGAGGGCCAUGAAGAUAAUCAGAGUGCUAGAGCACUUCCAGUACCUGAAGGGGACCUGCAGGAAAGCAGGGGAGGGACUUUUUAAUAAGGGCAUGUAGCAAGAGGACAAGGGGAAAAGGCUUUAAACUGGAAGGGGGUAGAUUUAGCCUAGGUAACAGGACAACGUUCUUUACUGUGAGGGUGGUAAGACACUGGAACAGGCUGCCCAGCAAGGUUGGGGGUGCCCUCUCCCUGGAGGCACUCAAGGCCAGGCUGGAUGGGGCUUUGAGCAACCUGGUCCAGAGGGAGAUGUCCCUGCCUAUAGCCGGGGGUUGGAUCUACAGGAUCCUAAAGGUCCCUUCCAACCGUACCCAUAGAAUGAUUCUGUGGAUGGGAGGAAGUGGCGCUGGGAUUUGGGUGUAGAGGCCCGACCCCGAGCUGGGUGCAUGGCUGCCCUCCUGCAUGCUGAGGAGCCACGUUGCUCCAAAUCUAGAUGACAGUGCCUUUUGUAGUUUUUUGUGGGUGAACAGCAAAGCAUGCUUCUUGUAUUUCAGUCUGCUAGACUGAGAGUGCUGCUGGUGGGCAAUCAAAAUGGAGGUGAAGCUGAAGUACAGUGUUCCCCGCCAUUAUUAAAAGUCUUUCAUUCAACGCGUGUCCAAGGUUUCCAAAACCUUCUGGCUACUGCCGUGUCGGCUUCCUGCUUUGUCAGAGUGGCACCUAGAGGAGUUCUCCGAGCUCUGACCCUCUGCCUUGACGAGAUCCUAAUCAACAAAGGCCACCGGGGCAUCCAGCAGGGCACACCGGGAACCCUAUGGCCGGGGUGGGGCAAAAGGCUUUGUGACAUCACAGGGCAGGACAUGACAUCAGUCUUCAAGACACAUGGGCAGCCUUUCCCAGCGCAAUCAUUUUGAGCAGCUGCUCCAUCCUGGUGGUCACUGCUCUGGGUGACUGGCACAUUUGUGCUGAGAUUCGUCUUUAGGAGAGAACAGGAUGAAGCUCAGCGUGACUCUUUUCCUGACCAUCACUCUGGCUAUGUCCUCAUUUGCUGGAUUCAGCCCUCGCUGUUCCAGCUAUUUUGUUUGGAUUUGUAAUCAGGACAAAAAGCCAGUCCGUCCUGAGGAGCAGGUGCCCAUUGACACCCAGCACCGUGCCUCCUACUGGCCCCGCCAGCUAGGCCUUUCAGAACGUCCCAGAUGGAUCCGGUACAGGGUCAGCAAGGUUGUCCCUCCAGAUGACCCAAAGCAGCAGUCCACCGGCCCCACGCAGAAGGUCUUCAGCUUGCACGACAUCCUGGGCCACGUCCGUGUCAAUCUUGUCCAAACACACGUACCCUGUGUCCUCAUGGAUGUGUUGAAGCACAUGUGCAUCCUGAUCCUGCUGAGGAUUUUCUGUGGGCUCUGGAGAAACAUUAGACGACCACGGGGACAGGAAACGGGACCAACAGCCUCAGCCUCCUUAAGAACAGAGCACCGGGGAAGGGACAGCAACAAUGCUACUGAGCUGGUCCGUCGCAUUGAGGCUAAAAUAGACCUAAUGGAGAGGCACCUGAGGACCCUGCUCCAAUCCCACCGGGAAGCGCGCAGGAGCCAGCAGGAGAGGAAUGCGGCACAAAAGAGUGGCGUGAGCUGCUAGUUCCAAGGUUUUCAAAGAUCUUCCUCUCCACCUUUCAGACAGCAUACGUGUAUCCGCACCGUACACACGUAUAUAAACAAAUUUCCUUCAUGUAAUUCUGUUGCCUGGAGCAACAGGAUAUUUUCUUCUGAAUGAUGUUUCGGUGUUUAAAAAUAAAUUGUUAAAAAACUGAGCUUUAAGCUGAG